ACGCUUGCGUUUACUACAAACCUCGAACCUGGAUAGAACACCGUAGACCACUGUUGGGAGAUGAGUUGAUGCACGGUCUACGAUACAGCAUUGACCAGUUCUAGUCCUGUAAAGUAACAGCUGUCAGAGGAAUAAUGUUGUUUCACAGCUGCUGUUAAUAGAACAAUCUGCGCUGAUGAUCAAAGAGGCUGGACAGUCAUCGCCUGAACAUUCGGAUUUGUGACAAUGGCAAAACGAAGCACUUUAUUUAUUCGAAUUGUCGAGGGCAAAAAUUUGCCUAUUAAGGACAUAACUGGGAGCAGUGAUCCAUACUGCAUCGUGAGGAUUGACAAUGAGGCCAUCAUUAGGACGGCCACAAUAUGGAAGACUCUGUCUCCAUUCUGGGGGGAGGAGUACAACGUCCACCUGCCCCCAUCCUUCCACACUGUGUCAUUCCAUGUACUAGAUGAAGACUCUCUCAGUCGUGAUGAUGUUAUUGGCAAGGUGUCGAUCAGAAAAGAAGCUCUUGCUGCCAAGCCACAAGGUGUGGAUGGGUGGGUGAACCUGACCGAGAUCGACCCAGAUGAGGAGGUACAGGGGGAGAUCCACCUCCAGGUGUCAGUGCUGGGGGACGCGGACGUCCCUAGAAUACUGCGUUGCCAAGUACUGGAAGCCAGAGACCUGGCAAAGAAAGAUCGGAACGGUGCCUCGGACCCCUUUGUCAGAGUACGUUACAACGGCAAAACUCAUGAAAGCACAGUGAUCAAGAAGUCUUGUUACCCUCGCUGGAACGAGAGUUUUGAGUUUGAGCUAGACGACACCCUUGCUGACAGCCCCCUGAGUGUGGAGGUGUGGGACUGGGACCUGGUCAGCAAGAACGACUUUCUGGGCAAGGUUCUGUUCAACAUCCACAGCUUGCAGUCAGCGCAACAGGAGGAAGGCUGGUUCCGAUUGGUGCCCGAAAAACCCAAACACAGCCAGCACGAGGGCACUCUGGGAUCUCUGCGCCUGCAACUCCGCCUCCGAGAUGAGACAGUUCUGCCCUCCAGUCACUACCAGCCGCUCACAGAGCUCCUAUGCCAAUCUGUGGGAGCCCAUCUCAAUGGCAACUGGCCAGAUUUAAUAAUGCUCAUUGAUGAGACGACCACCGCAGAGAGCCGACAAGAGGUUGCAUCCAACCUUGUGAAGCUCUUCCUGGGUCAGGGAUUGGCCAAGGAGUUCUUGGAUGUUCUGUUCAAAUUGGAACUAGAUAGGACCAGUGAACCCAAUACUUUGUUUCGUAGCAACUCCUUAGCUUCUAAAUCCAUGGAGUCAUUUUUGAAGGUGGCCGGCAUGCAGUAUCUGCACAGGCUUCUGGGCCCUCUGAUCAACAGGAUCUUCGAAGAGAAGAAGUAUGUGGAACUGGACCCCAACAAAGUAGAGCUGAAGGAGGCUGGGUGUGCAGGUCUCCACCGGGUGCACACGGAAGCGGAGGUGAUUCAGCAGAGUGCCAAUCUCCUCCAAUCCUAUCUCUCUGACCUGCUGCAUGCCAUCCUCCAGUCAGCCUCCUACUGCCCUGUGGCUCUGUGCCAGGCCUUCCAGCAGCUCUACCAGCGUGUCCACAAGCGCUUCCCCGAGCCAGAGUACCGGAAGGUGAAGUUCAUAGCCGUUACCAGUUUCCUGUGUCUGCGCUUCAUCUCUCCGGCCAUCAUGUCCCCCAAACUCUUCCACCUUCGCGAAAAGCACGCUGAUGCCCGUACCAGUCGCACACUGCUUCUGUUGGCUAAGGCCAUUCAGACCAUUGGUAACCUGGAUACCCUGACCUGCUGCUGUAAAGAGCCCUGGAUGGUUUCCCUGCAGCCUGCCAUCCAGCAGGGCAUCACCCAGCUCAAAGACUUCAUCAGCAAGCUGGUCACCUGUGGUGACUCGGAAGACCUCUUUCUCAAGGAGAGGAUGAGUCUCAAAUAUGGCUCCAUGGAGAAGGGAGGCUACCUGCUUCUCCACAGGACCAAAGAUAAGAGCUUGCUGAUGGCCUCACCCUUCAAGAAGUACUUCGUCACUAUCAGCAAAGACAUACUGUCCUACUCCAGGACACAGCACUCCAAGAAGAGCUCCUUCAUCUCCCUGCCCAAGAUCCGAGCUGUGGAGAAGGUGGAGGAGAAAAGCUUCGGCAGUGCUAACGUCAUGCAGAUCAUCUCCAGCGAGGAUAGCAGACAUAUAGAGACCCUAUACUUGGACUGUAAGAGUGUGAACGAAUUGAAUCAGUGGCUGUCGGCUCUCAGGAAAGCCUGCAGCCACAAUACUGACACUAUGAGCUGCUACCACCCAGGGAUCUACAAAGGGGAUCGUUGGAGCUGCUGCCACCAGAAGGACAAAGCAGACCAAGGGUGUGACAAAACCAAGCAUGGGGUGACAUUGCAGGAGUGGUACGACCCCCUUGAUCCAGAUCUGGAAUCCCAGCUCAUCUACCGACACCUCAUUGGAGUCAGGCAGGCAAUGAGGGACAAACACCUGGAGAUGAAGCUACAGAAUGAUGAUGGUGAUUGUAAAACUGUGGAGGGUGACAAGAAACUGGACGGGGUCUCAAGGUUUUUCCAUGUCCUCCAAGACUUGCAGGAUUCUCACACUGCUGUAGAGGAGGAGGAGAAGUCCAAGAAUAAAAACCUUCUCCUGGAACUACAGACAUAACACAAACACUGUACAGCACUGCUUCAUCUAAGUGUCUUCAUGAUGUAUCGGAAGAUGAGUCACUGUUUAGGACAGGCUUAAAAAAACUUUGCCGGGCUACCAGCAGCAUUCCUUUAAGAGAGAACCUAGCAGGAAAGGUUCUUUGGAUCAAUCUGUGUUGUUGACACCACAUCUAGCUUUCCUCCAUCUUAUCCUACCAUAAGCUAGAUGUUGUCAUGCAGGGACGUGCACAGGCUAUGGCUAAGGUUGCCCGGGCAACUGCCCUUUUGCCCUCCUCGAGUCAA